AAUACAUCAAAAGCCUCCUCGAUGCCAUCUGUUAAAAGAGGGCGUCCACCUGUUAGGAGGAGUAGCUCUGGUUCGAUGCGUGAAAGGAAAUGUUUGAAAAGUGUGCAUCAUCACUCCCCACCAUCCAGUCAGGCUGACUCAAUAAACCAGAGUGGAGUAGGUGAUGUUGCUUCUCCUUUAAAGAAUUCAACGAUGGAUUUUGACCAGGACCAAAUUUCUCCUGAUAGUUCCUCUUCUCUUCUUACAAAUAAAAAUUCUGGUGGUCGACUUUGCGUACUUGCUGCAAGCAAAAAAAACAACGGGUCAAGAUGUUACAAUAAGAAACAGUACUGUUUGUACUGCAAGCUGGGAGUUGUAAAAUUUGCGAGGCAUCUAGAGCGGGCACAUUCAGAUGAGUCAGAGGUUGCACAGGCUUUUGCUUUCAACAAAGGCUCCAAAGAAAGGCGGCUCCAUCUGGAACAGCUGAGAAACAGGGGUAACUUUGCCCACAAUGUUGAUGUCCUAAAUUCUGGGGUGGGUAACCUUGUUCCUCGCAAGCAGCCAAGACAUGAUUCAAAUGCACAGGAUUUCUUACAUUGUGCCUAUUGUCAAGGAUUUUUCGCCAGAAAACUCCUUUGGAAACACAUGGCAAUUUGCAAGCUGAGGCCCUGUGAACCUCACAGGCCAGGUAAAACCCGUGUCCAGGCUCUGUGUGCAUUUAGUACGCUUGCUCCACCUGAUGUCAAGCAGGACUUAUGGAAACUGUUAAGCAACAUGGUCCAAGAUGAUGUUUCAUCAGCAGUUAAAAAAGACAUCUGUAUCUUGGAGUACGGUGACCAUCUUUACAACCGACUGGGGCAUGAUCCAGACAAACAUGAAUAUAUUAGGCAGAAAUUAAGAGAACUUGGACGACUUCUGCUUUGUUCUAGAAAAACGACUUCAAUGAAGACAAUACAAGAACACAUUCAACCAUCCAAUUUCAUGAAUGUUGUCCAGGCUGUAAAAGAGCUGGCAGGCUAUGAUGGCAGAACCGGUGCUUACAAGCGUCCAAGUCUUGCUCUCAAAAUUGGAUACAGCCUUACGAAGAUAUCAAUGCUUGUUGAAAGUCGUGCCAAUUUACAAAAAGACUACAGUGCUGCCAAAGAAGCUCGCACAUUUCGCAAAGUGUAUGAAACACGCUGGAACGAAAAUAUUUCAGCUGCAUCGCUGAGGACACUGCACGAAUCCAGGUGGAACCAGCCUCAACUACUUCCUUUCACCAAGGAUGUCCAAACCCUCCACUGUUAUUUGGAUGAGAAACAGAAGCAUUUCAGCGCUAAACUAUCAACCGAGAUCUCCGCUCAGUCGUGGUCACAGCUGGCCAAGGUCACAUUGACGCAGGUCAUUCUUUUUAACCGACGAAGAGCUGGAGAGGUGUCUAAGAUGCCAAUGACUGCAUACUUGUCUAACACUACUACAGACCUUCAGGAUGACAUUUUGGAAGCCCUGACAUCUCUUGAAAAGAAACUAUGCCAACAUUUCAGACGGAUCGAGAUCAGGGGGAAAAGAGGAAGAAAGGUUCCUGUGCUUCUAACCCCAGCAAUGCAGCACACCUUGGACUUACUUACCAGCAAACGGCAAGAAUGUGGGGUUCCUCAGGAAAAUGGAUACCUGUUUGCAAGACCAUUUGCUUUGACGUGCUACAGAGGUUCUGACUCUCUAAGAUAUUAUGCCCAGGCCUGUGGCGCAAAAAGUCCCAAGAGUCUCACCUCAACAAAGCUUCGCAAACAAACAGGAACUCUCUCACAAGUUCUGAACCUUAGCAACACGGAGUUGGACCAGCUAGCUGGUUUCCUUGGUCACGAUAUAAGAGUACAUCGGCAGUUUUACAGGCUUCCUGAGGGUACUCUCCAGCUUGCUAAAAUAAGCAAAGUACUUCUGGCCCUGGAAAAAGGACGUCUGAAGGAUUUCAAGGGCAAGUCCUUGGAUGACAUAAGCAUUGAUCCUGAGGAGAAUGUGCACACUGAUAGUGAUUCUAACAGUGACCCUGAAAGCGAACCUGAUGAAGCGUGCAGGUCAACGACUGAAGAGAGUAACGUGACCCCUAAUGAAAGAGAUGAUCCAUCAGAAUUGCACGUUGAUGGACCAUCUCCUCAGCAGAUACCCAAACCUCAGUCCACCAAACGGAAACAAAAGUCACCCAAAAAAGGAAAAGGUCGACAACCGGUUAAAAAGAAGCCAUGGAAGAAAGAGGAGGUCCUGGCUGUUGAGAAGCAUAUGAUGUCAUUCAUCACUACCUGCCGUGUUCCACGGAAGAGCGACUGCGAGGACUGCCUUAAAAAGGAAAAAGUAGCACUCAAAAACAGGAAUUGGUCAGCAGUAAAAUUUUACAUUAAAAACAGGAUCACAGCUCUCAAAAGGAGAGUUUAGGGGGAUGUAGGGGAUAUAUACGGUGACCCUUUUUAUAUUGCUAUAUGUGCUUUGUGACCAUCUCUACAGACCUCCGUGAAGUUACCCCC